AUGAUAAUUUAAUUUUAAUAUAUAAAUUAAUGAUUUAACCAUUUCAAAAUAUUUCAUCAAUUGUUUCAAUUCUUGAUUGUAUCGAUUAGUCAAUUAAGUCAAUUGAGUGUUAAUUUCAACUUCUACUCCUCCCACAAACACGUACUACUACAUCAUGGCCUCAUCAUACUCUGAUUUCAAAUUAGCUUCUGAUUUAUCAGCUUGGAAAAAAUUAGAACAAACUUAUAAAUCUGAAGGUUCUGAAUUUAAAGUUAAAGAAGCCUUUGAAAAAGAUCCAAAGAGAUUUGAAAAGUUUUCUAAAACUUUUAAAAAUUUCGAUAAUAGUCCAAUUUUAUUUGAUUUCUCCAAGAAUUUAAUCAAUGAUGAAAUUUUAGCUCAAUUAAUCGCUUUAGCUAAAGAAGCUAAGGUUGAAAGUUUAAGAGAUGCAAUGUUUAAAGGUUCAAGAAUCAAUUCCACCGAAGAUAGAGCUGUUUAUCAUGUUGCUUUAAGAAACAGAGCUUUAAAAACUAUGGAAGUUGAUGGUAAAGAUACUUCUAAGGAAGUUGAUGAUGUAUUACAACAUAUGAAAGAAUUCUCAGAAGAAAUCAGAUCUGGUAAAUGGACUGGUUAUACCGGUAAAGCCAUUACUGAUGUGGUUAACAUUGGUAUUGGUGGUUCUGAUUUAGGUCCAGUUAUGGUUACUGAAGCUUUAAAAGCUUAUUCUAAACCAGGUUUAAAUGUUCAUUUUGUUUCUAAUAUUGAUGGUACUCAUUUAGCUGAAACUUUAAAAGGUUUAAAUCAAGAAACUACUUUAUUUUUAAUUGCUUCUAAAACUUUCACUACUGCUGAAACCACUACUAAUGCCAAUUCUGCUAAGAAAUGGUUCUUAGAAGGGGCUAAAGAAAAUAAACAUAUUGCUAAACAUUUUGCUGCUUUAUCAACCAAUGCUGAAGAAGUUUCUAAAUUUGGUAUUGAUACUAAAAAUAUGUUUGGAUUUGAAAAUUGGGUUGGUGGUAGAUAUUCAGUUUGGUCUGCUAUUGGAUUAUCUGUUGCUAUUUUUAUUGGAUUUGAAAAUUUUAAUGAUUUCUUAAAAGGUGCUGAAGCUUUUGAUGCUCAUUUUGUUGAAACUCCAUUAGAAGAUAAUAUUCCAGUUUUAGGUGGGUUAUUAAGUGUUUGGUAUAAUAAUUUCUUUGGAGCUCAAACUCAUUUAGUAGCUCCAUUUGAUCAAUAUUUACAUAGAUUCCCAGCUUAUUUACAACAAUUAUCAAUGGAAUCAAAUGGUAAAUCGGUUACUAGAGGUAAUGUUUUCACUAAUUAUCAAACUGGUGUUAUCUUAUUUGGUGAACCAGCUACCAAUGCUCAACAUUCUUUCUUUCAAUUAGUUCAUCAAGGUACUAAAUUAAUUCCAACUGAUUUUAUUUUAGCUGCUCAAUCUCAUAAUCCAAUUGAAAAUAAUUUACAUCAAAGAAUGUUAGCAUCUAAUUUCUUUGCUCAAUCUGAAGCUUUAAUGGUUGGUAAAGAUGAAGAAAAAGUUAAAGCUGAAGGUGCCACUGGUUCAUUAGUUCCUCAUAAAGUAUUUGCUGGUAAUAGACCAACCACUUCAAUUUUAGCUCAAAAGAUUACUCCAGCCACUUUAGGUGCUUUAAUUGCUUAUUAUGAACAUUUAACUUUUGUUGAAGGUGCUAUUUGGAAUAUUAAUUCUUUUGAUCAAUGGGGUGUUGAAUUAGGUAAAGUUUUAGCUAAAGUUAUUGGUAAAGAAUUAGAUAAUUCCAAUGAAAUUGAAUCUCAUGAUGGUUCAACUAAUGGUUUAAUUAAUCAAUUCAAAGCUUGGUCAAAAUAACUAUCCAUAAACACUGAUCAUAAUUCUAAAUUAUAAUCUUUUAUUAAUCUUAUCUCUUUGUGUGUUUUUAUCAUAUAUAAAGUAAAUAAAGUUACCCUUUUAAUUUUAACGUUGUUUUAUCAUCAUAUUGGUAUGUAUUUUUAUAUGCCGGAAAUACGAAGAGCUCUCCAAAUUUUUUUAUUUUAUUUUUUUUUCAAAUAUGUGUAGAAGCAAUUAGUUAAGGUGAAGCUUUCAUUAAAACGAUAGAACUACAACAGUAGUGAUUAACAGUGGAUGGCACUGAGUCAUUGAAGAUAAUAGAAAAAAGAACUAGACACAAUAUUCAAAAAAGAAUACUUCUUUAGCAAACAAAACAACAAUAAUCAUAGCAAUAAUAAUAAUAAUUACCAUAUAAUGUCAGAUC